AUGAGGAAAAGACAUAUGGCAAAGGAAGCUCAGUGUGCUCGGUGUAAUUCUGGAACAGAAUCUAUCAACAAUGUUCUAUUUCAGUGUCCGCUAGCAAGAUUGGUAUGGGCUCACUCUGCAAUCCCGACGCCUCAAGGUGGAAUCCUAGACAACUCCCUCUACUCUAAUUUGUUUCAUGCGCUAAAUGUGGAGAAAGAGUACCCAAAGGAUGAUGUUCAAUCGGACUUAGUCCCAUGGUUACUUUGGAGAUUAUGGAAGAGUAGAAAUGAGUUUCUGUUUCAAGGGAAAGACUAUGAGGCGAUGAGUAUUCUGCAAAAAGCGAAGGAGGAUGCAGAGGAAUGGCGUGAAAGAGCAACAUGUGAAAAAAGUGAGGUAGAAACAGAGAAGACUAGCACCCCCCUAAAGUUGAAUCCAAAGCAGGUUUGGAAACCUUCCCCACCCACUUGGCUUAAAUGCAAUUCUGAUGGAGCUUGGCACAAGGAUAGAGCAAACUGUGGCCUGGGAUGGAUAUGCAAAAAUAAUAAAGGGAAGCUAAUAUGGGCAGGUGCAAGAGCAGUACCAAGGCUUGGGUCAUGUAUUGAGACAGAGGCAGAGGCUUUAAAAUGGGCAGCAGAGACGGUGGUGAGGUUUGGUUACAUCAAAGUGAUCUUCGAGUCCGAUUCUUUGAACCUUAUUAAGAUGCUAAAUGGCGAGGAUCAGUUCUGGCCCAUUCUCCAGCCGACACUGCAGGCAAUCUACCAGCUGCUGUCUCAAAUUCCUGAAGUUCUACUAAGGUUCAAUCCAAGAGGUGCAAACAAGGCUGCUGACAGGAUAGCAAAGGAGACUUUUACAUUUAUGUCUAAUGUCCCUAAGUUAUAUUCUGUAGAGCCAAAUUGGUUAAAAUAUCAUGUGAGGAAUAACAUUUCUUUGUAUGGUGAACCAGAUGGUUAA